ACGGUUCCAGCUGCCUCACGAUCUUUUUCGCACGUUUUUUGUCGUAUGUAAUCUGUCUCGCAUCAUUUCCUGUUGUCACAUCCCAAUGAUCCCAACAGAUGCUUCUUAGUCUAUUUGAAUUUGAAAAACAUAUUGUCUAUCCAGCAGUGCUCCAGGAUGAACCGGACGAAAAUUGAAUAUUAAUUCUGAAUCUAAUUUUCGCAUUAUCCACAGUACUUAAUCACUAUCUUUUAUAUUCAGAAUAUUUUUUCACCCAAAUCAACCGCGCAACUGGAAUCGCUUGUUAAGUACACAAAUAUACGAAGCGUUUAAUAACAAGUCUACACGCGACGUAAUUUACUGAUAUUUCAAUAUUAUUCCAGCAUAACAUCGAAUAAUUUUCCAAAUUUAAUCACUAGUAGAUAUUCGAUCUUCAUAGAAAUCUCAACAAAUCAUAUAAUACAUUGCAAUUUGCAUAUGUCAAAAUGAAAAUGGUACAAAAGUAGGCCGGUUUCCAUUCUCCCACUCUGAUUUCGAUCCAAGCAGUCUACUUGGUAGGUGCACACAACAAUACUUGUCACUGCUGUUUGAAAUUGCAAGAGAGAAGCAAGAAGAAAUUUCACUCAGCACCAAGAUGGACCGAACGAGCGUUACAUCCCGAAUUCCGACCGGCUUGAGGGUUCCGAGAGGCUAUCGGGCCACCCAAGCAAUUGGAGGUAAAGCGGAAUCGGGAGGGAAAGUUCGUUUUCCAAGCAAGACUAUUCCAACCGCGAACGAGAUAGAUCCUGAAGAGAGCUUGAUUGAGGACGAAAAUUUUCCGCCGUUGUUCUAUGAAGACAUAGAGGAUACUGGAGACGACCCGUACGACUGGGAGCCGAUAAACAUUUCCGAGAUCGACGAGGUAUAUUUUCGGAAGCUGAAGGCUGAAUGGGAGCUUCAAAAAAUGAGAGUGGAAAACUCCAGAUUGCGGCAGGAGAAUCAACGGCUAAAAACAGCAGCAAAAGGGCUUCUUUUAUCAAUACACUACUGAUUUUUCAAUUAUUUGAUUGUUCUUCUUUUGUUUUCCGAUGAAGAUUUUAUUAAUAUUUAUUCAUUCUUACAUUGCAUCAAAUACAUAUGAGCUUUCGAGGGGACUCUUCUUGACUACAACACUGAGAAAUGAGCUAGCUAUGAGUAGAUGACACAAGAUAUGACGUCAGAUCAAACCAAGGCAAUUCCCGUUUAAAAAAAAACAAGAGAUGACCAAGUCACGAUUUAGAUUUAAUAUUUUUUAACAUCUUUUGUUGUAGAA